AUGGGCGGGCUGGUGGCAGCCAAGAUCAGCAAGUUCAGCAAGCAGCUGGAUGACAACCCCAACGCCAAGAAAGAUCGCCAGGCCAUGGCAGCCUUGAGCAAGCAGUUGGUGGAAGAGGUGAACUCGGAGGUGCUGGCGCCCCUGUGGACAUUGGAUGAGGCGGAGCGGCAGAGGCAGCUGGCAAGGACUCACUACUGCUUCAGGCAUCGGGGCAAUUGUGUGGUGCUGAACGCCGCAACGCCAGGCUCCUUUGCCUUGGACAUCUCGGGCAACGGGAUGCAGUUCUUGGGUAGCUCCUCCCUUCCGUGGUUCUGCUGGGCCCGAGAAAUCAUUCUUUGCCAGCCGGGUUGCUUCGUGUUGGAGAAUGUUCAGCCCUUCCAGCAUGAGCUGGCUGAGUUGGUCUUCAUGCCGGGCUAUGGCGUGACAGUGUUCCCUUUGUCACCUGAUGACUUGGGAGUGCCGGCCACUCGUGCUCGCAAGUUCAUGACCUUUGUUCAGCGAGAUGCUUGGCAGUGGAGCCCGGAUGUAGCUACCUCGCCUGCAGAUGCCUUGCUCCAGCUGUUCAAGGGCGCAUGCCAUCUCCAAGGGGAAACGUUUUGGUGUGCGCCCUCGGAAGUUGUGGACGCUGAACAUCAAAAAUGGGCUGAUCGCAAAGGCUUGGGUCGGCGCUUGGAUGGCAAGUCGUGGAAGACAAAGCAGCUGAUGACCAGCGCCUCCCGAGAGAGAUUGAGGAAGUGGGAAGACAAUGCGCGGACAGCCAAUGUCAGCCCACAUGUGAUCAUGAACACCACGCAGGCAACCGAGAGGUGGAUGGCCGGGAACAGCAUGUCCCUGCCAUGUCUUGGGGCGCUGCUACUUUUCCAGCUGGCCUUCUUGCAGCCUCAGCCAUCCACGUUGACGACGCCAGAGGCUCCGCCCGCCGCAUCAGUGGCACCAGCCGUGGUGCGCGAGAACGAAACGCAGCUGGACUUUGAAGAGACGCAAUGCGCCUGCUUGACGGAGAGCUACUGCUGCAUCCUUCUUCAGAGGCCUGGCGUGACGUGUUUGCAGGUUCUGUUGGAAGAGUGUGGUGGUGUCACUGUGACUGUGGCAACUCGACUUGGAGCAUUGUGGCCCAGCGCCAGCAAAGAAGGCAAAGGCCCAGCCAAAGAGAAGGCAAUCUCGAGGCAGCAGCGCUGGUGGUGCAAGCGCACAGAAGAUGGGCCAAACAAGAAGUGCGCAACUUGCAAGAAGAAGAAGCCCGUCUCAGAUUUUCACCAGCAGCAGGGGACAUGCAAGCCCUGCUGGAAUGCCAUUCGCGGACUGAAGCGCUUUGCCAAGGCGCAGGGCCAGGAGGUGCGGUUGAAGGCCCUGUCAGAAACAGAGCACACCGACUUGGUCAAGGCAUACAGCAAAGAACAUGAACGAGCCACAAAGGAGCGGAGCCGUGUCAAAUUUUCCAUAGCUGCGUACAAGGAAGCCACCGUGGAGCAAGAUGGGGUCCGUUUCAAGGCAAGGCGCCGACUCAUGACAGAAAAAGUCUUCAUAGAGCACGCCCAGACCACAGAAGGUGGCGACCUUACCAAGUCCCAAGCUGAGCAGAAGUGGCAAGAGAUGCUGGGCGACCCCAAGACCUUGAAAGUUGGAGAAGGCAAAGCAGUCAAGUGCGCCGUGGUCGUCUGCACAGACAUUGUGGAUUACAGCGACAUGGCAAACCGCCGCGAGGUUGAGAGGCAGCAGCGGCUGAGUGCCAAGAUGCUGAUGCGUUGGUGCUGUCCGGCCAGAGCUCGAACAAGCGCAUUGGAGACGCUGGAGGGGGAGGAGACGCUGCUUGAGAAGGCCACCACUUUGGGCAUGCCCUUCAAGAUCAACAGCAAGACGGCGUGGUGCAACUUCCGCCAGCUGCACUUCAGACUGCUGCGCUACGGGGGAAGCAAGGUGCUCAAUGACCACGGGACCGCCGAGGGGUGGAAGACUUUGCUGCGUCAUGUCGUGAGCCAGAAGGCGGCUAAGGCAGCGGCAGACGACAAAGUCAUCAAGCUUUGCUGGACCAGGGAUGCUGACAUGGCUUACAAAGCUCCGCGUGCUCUCAAGCUGUACCGUGAGUGUCCUAGAGUUUAG